AUGGACUCACCUCACCAAUCCACGCCCGUACUUCCAGUGACGGCGCGAGAUCACAAUGGUCACAAUCCCGGUUAUCAAACUCCAACCGAGCGAUAUUUUCCGCAAGAAACUGUCCUAUCCCCGCCCACCACUCCCACCCCGCCAACUACACCGACCACGGCGAGACUGCGACCACAAAUUUUACGCCUCACCUCGUAUCUUCGGAGACAGGAUGCGGCCAACGCGACAGGCAAUGGACUUCGUCCUGAUCCAGACAUCCAGCCAAGCCUCGAUGAGCUGCUGCACGUGUCUAGUAGACCACCAAAGUCUGGUGUAGUGACCAUCAAAGAUCGGAUCGCAUGUUACCAAUGGACUUUCUUCACUAUGACAAUGGCCACCGGCGGCAUGGCAAACGUACUCUCAUCCAUACCUUAUCGAGCUGCAUGGCUUGAAGGCUUAGGUCUCGCUUUCGUCAUGUUGAAUUUGAUCCUGUUCAUCAUGAACUGUGUAUUCAUCACCAUGAGGUUUCGCAUGAAGCCGGGAUCCUUUACCAGAUCCUUCACCGACCAAGUCGAGUCUCUGUUCAUCCCUGCAUUUUUUGUAUCUAUUGCUAUCAUUCUCACCAACAUCUGCCAAUACGGUAUACCAAACACGGGUGUGUGGCUGCUUCGACUGAUGGAAGCCCUGUUCUGGAUCUACCUGUCAGUGAGUGUGCUUAGUAGCGCCGCCAUGUACUUGACUCUGUGGUCUACCCAGGUGUUUCCAAUCCACAUGAUGACACCCACUUGGGUCUUCCCGGCGUAUCCCAUGCUCUUGAACGGCACGCUCGCCGCAAGCCUGAUCAGUGGGGCGUACGACACGGGCAACGGCCUUUCCAUCGAUCCACUGGCGGUAGCACUAGGCGGGUUUACCACGCAAGGUACGGGGUGUCUCAUUGCCUUUAUGAUAUCGGCCGCGUUUAUAUACCGCCUAAUGACACAGAAGCUCCCCAGAGAUUUCCAACGUCCUGGUGUGUUCAUCUCUAUCGGGCCGUUUGGCUUUACUGUGAAUGGCAUUGUUCAAUUCGCUAUCCACGCAGACUUCAUCAUCCCCCCAAACUUCCUCGGAGCGGAACACGCCGUGUCCAUCAUCAGGGUCGUCUCCGUCCUAGCCGGCCUCUGGCUCUGGGGCCUCACCUGCUGGUUCUUCCUCGUCUCCGUCGGCUCCCUCUGGAAGUACGUCCGACGCGGCAGCAAGAUGCCCUUCCGCAUGACGUGGUGGAGCUUCGUCUUCCCGAACACGGCCCUCGUCACGGCGACGCAGUCGCUCGCGCGCAUCCUGAAUAACGAGGGCUUGAAGAUUUUCGGCUGUGUCAUGGCGGGGGUGCUGCUUGUUGUGUGGCUUGGGGUGUUUAUUACCAUGUUGAGGUGUUUGAGGAAGAGGGAGCUUUUGUGGCCUAAAGAUGAUAUCUAG